AUGUCAAUGACAGAGAACAAAGAACAGUACAUAAACGUAUGCUUCCUUGGGCACGUAGACAGUGGUAAGAGUACUACCAUCGGACACUUGUGCUACAAGCUUGGAGCUAUCGACAAGAGAACCCUCGAGAAGUUGGAGGAAGUUGCAAAGGAGCACGGAAAGGGAUCUUUCAGUUACGCUUUCUUCUGCGAUAACAACAAGGCAGAGCGUGAGUCUGGUAUUACCAUCCAGGUCUCCAUGAAGGUCGUAAAAACAGCAAAGCACACCGUAAACAUCCUCGACUGCCCAGGGCACAGAGGAUUCCUGAAGAACAUGAUCACAGGAACAGCUCAGGCUGACGUAGCAGUCAUCAUCGUCCCAGCAGCACAGGGAGAGUUCGAGAGAGCAAUCACAGAAACAGGAACUCUCUACGAGCACAUCGUACUCGCUCACACUCUCGGAGUAUCUAAGGCCAUCGUAGCCAUCAACAAGCUCGACACCCUCGGAUCAGACGCAGCUGCAAAGGCAAGAUUCGAAGAAAUCAGCGAAAACAUCAAGGGAAAGAUGAAGAAAAUGUACAACAUGAAGACUACUCCCAUCGUAGCUAUCUCAGGAUUCAAGGGAAUAGGUCUCACAGGAGCAGACGAGAAGUUCUCGUGGUUCGCAGGAUGGACCCCAGAAGAAGAGCCAACAGCAACCCCCAUCAGAUCCCUCGAAGAGGCUAUCGACUACUACCCAAUCCCAAAGAGAAUGACAACUGCACCCCUCAGGAUGCCAGUGACCCAGAUCCUCGAAGUUAAGGGAAUCGGAAAGGUCUACACAGGAAGAAUCGAGUCGGGAACUUGCCUCGCAGGAAUGAAGGUCUCAGUCGCACCCGUAGGAGUAAACACCGAAAUUAAGACCAUGGAAAUCCACAAGACAGCAAGAAAGAAGGUCGAGGCAGGAGAAAACUGCGGACUCACCCUCAAAGGAAACCCAGACACAGAUAAGAUCAAGCCAGGAGCAGUCAUCGCAGAUACAGUGAACCCGUGCAUGAAGGCUUUCGCUGCUUACGCAACCGUCAUCUUCAUCGGAAAGGUUAAGUGCAUAAAGGCAGGAUACGCCCCAACUAUGGAUAUCGCAGCAACCCACGUAAGCACCGUAUUCGCUCAGCUGUGCGACGUAGGAACGAAGAAGGGGAAGGAGUUUGUCGUAACCGCAGACAGACCCUCGGAAAUAGCAGGAACUAGACCCUGCGCAAGAGUCAUCAUCGUCCCCUCAAAGCCAACGGUCAUGGAGAAGUUCGCAGAGUUCCCGUUCCUCGGAAGGUUCGCCCUCAGAGACAUGGGGAAGACAAUCGGAGUCGGAAUCAUCCACGAGGUCCUCGAUAAGGCCGCAACAGAGGCAAGAGCCCCAGAAUACUUCACAGCCUCAAAGAAGAAGCCUGCAAAGAAGUAG